GUCCAGAGCUGUCAGGCCCUGGAGACACCUUCCUACCAGCUGCAGAAAGACGGAGACAACGUUGGCCUGGUCCUGGACACACGAGGCUUUUCUCCAGAGGAGCUGACUGUCAGGCAGGUGGGCAGGAAGCUGAGGGUCAGCGGGAAGACGGAGAAGAAGCAGGAGGACGGGAAAGGCUCCUACUCUUACAGCCUGCAGGAGUUCAGACAGGAGUUUGAUCUGCCUGAAGGACUGAACCCUGAAGACGUCACCUGCUGCCUGGCUCCAGACGGGAAACUCCACAUCCAGGCAGCCAGAGCUCCAUGUGAGGAGGCAGAGAGAGAGCUGACUAUCAGGAGGAGCACGGAGGAGAAAGGGGAGCAGAGUGUGUCUUCACACACAGCAGAGUCACAGCAG